AAACUAGGUCACGCGCUCGAAUGAGCCUCAGCAAAUUGUAGUCACGUGAUGUGUGUCAGCUGAUGUGAAGAGACAAACGGAUCUGUUAGCAUCAUGCUAAAACUCCUGGAAAAAUUACCUGUAACCGAGUGUCCUAAACUCCUGCACAGAGUGGUGGAUGGACUCUGUGGUCGCAGUUACCCGAAGCAAAUCGAGUAUGGUGAAGCAUGGAGUCUGCUGGAGUGGGGAGAACUGAUGAACUCACUUUCCCAGUUCUUCAGAGUGGCAGUUGGUAGAAAGUUUUCAGACCAGGAGGUGUUGAAUCUCUUGGGUGAUUUGGACUCUGCAUGGUCACAAGUGGUUCUGCAGUGUGUGCAUGCCAGACAGGAGGAGAUCAGGCAAGCUUUAGUGGACAGAACCAACUGCAUUUCCAGUACACAACUGACCGACUUUAACUGGCAGCUCAAACUCGCAUUAUCCAGUGAUAAAAUGUCAUCUUUGAACAUUCCUCUACUAAACCUUAGUCUAGACGUGAAGGAAAAUGGACUCCAGAGAGCUGUAAACAUUGAAAUGACCAAAGAGGAGCUACACACACUUAUAACUGCAUUAGAGGCUGCUAAUAAGGUGGUCCUGCAGAUGAAGUGAAGAGCACUGAUGGAUGUAGAAGCAUCCAGACUGCAAAAUCUUUAUAGGACACUGCUUGCUGAUGGAAUAAGAAAGAGACCUACAUGCUGUAACUGAAAUUCCAUUUCAUGUUUGCAUUUUGGGAAAGUGAUGUGAAGUAUGAUAAUGUGCGUUUGUGAAUGUGUUGAGGCUUGUGCCCAAUCAGUGACUCAUAGUGCCUCUGUUUUUGUCUGUUAGCUGAAAGCAGCUCAGUUUGAUUAAAUACAUGGUAAACGUGCUGAGACAAUUUAUUCAGUUCAGUGCUGUUUUGGAGGAUUAUUUGUACAGCAUUCUGUAUGGUGAUAGCUUAGUGGUUCAAAGCUAGUGAUUACAGACACUAGCAGAGAGCACAUGUUGGGGCAUCAAGCAACAGUCAGCUGCUCAGAUGUAUACUUGGAUUGUAUCCCAUUUUAAACAUAAGUAAUGUGGGACAAGUAAAUACAUUAAUAAUGUUUAAUAAAACCUUUUGAAGAGAAAUAA